AUGCCCCAAGGUAUAUUGAGCGGAACUAUCGAGAGUGAUGGCUGGGACUCUCGCAAGUGCAAGAACAUGGAGGCCAUGCAGCCGCUUGAUGAACGAUACCCCGAAAAAGGUUCAGGAUUACUAGAUACCCCGUCCAUGACUUUGCGAGCAUCUCGAGUUGAACUUUGUCUCGUCAUAUCGGCCGUAUGCGGGUAUACGGUUCUCAUAGCGACUGCUACCACGGUCACUCGUCUCUCUGCUGUGUCUGCGAUAAUGAUGGUCACUUGGUCUUCUGCUGCAACCUCACCUUGCGGUGCGCGGGCAACGAGGGCGAUGACUUUCGUAGAGCUUGCAGACACAUGA